AUGGUGCUCUUGCCGGAAUCUCCGUCGAGCUUCUACAUUACUUUUGGUCUGAACAAUAUUGUUGCUCGAGAGACCCGGGUCGAGCAGAACAAGCCCACCGCUUCACCGGACGACUCUCUGCUGAGGUCAAAUAGUCCGACAGAACGGCUGAAGAAUCAUGUCUGGCCAGCCCUGAAAAAGGGCAUAUCGACAAGUCUCGUAGAAAGCACUAAGAUAACUCGCAAACGCCAGGAUAGCCAACCGUCAAAUGUGGCAUUGCCAUCUGUGACUUUCGAAGCGAAACAGUUGAAGAAAGCAGCAAGCGGAUCCUUGGCUGAAAGGCGGGAUAUCGCUUUGGCAGGGUUGGGUAUUAUGCCAAUGAAGGACUGUCAGGGACCACGGAUGGACUCGCCAACUAUCCCGGGAAGAAUUCCCGUUCACGGAAGGUCGAAUAGUGCUCCGGGAUCAUCCGCCAACCAGACACCUUUUGAAAGAUCUAUCCAGGAGCCCAUUUCGGAACCACUGAUACUAUUUUCACGAACAGAUCUAGAUAUUAAGAAAGCUCCUGUCAAAAUUGAAGAAGUACGGGAUGCUGCUAGGAGCCAAUCUGCAGCCGAGCGUGUGCGACCAUCUGACCUGAAAGAAACCUCGUUUCUCUCGAGUGAAGAGGUUUCGGAAGUCCAGGAAGAAGACAAACCACCAGCAGUGCCACCCAAGUCGCCCCGUCUAAUCAAUCGUUCAGCGAUGGCCCUACCAAACAUAGCAGAGGCGCACCUAAUAACACCCAAAAAUAGCAACAACAGCCUGCGGCCGCGCGCCGCAACGGCGAUGGAAAUCCGACCACGCCGACACAUAGCUGAAUUGCAUCGACGCAAUGAAAGCACCCCGAUAGCUACUGUAUCAAAGAUUCAUAUCUCACGACCAAACCAGAGAAUCGUCAAGCUCAAACAUGAGGCGGGCGAAUCAGCAAUGCACAGCCAAGAUCGGUCAAAGAGAAGGCGUAGCCUGCUCGGAACUGGGGACCGCACAUCCAAGACAUUUGCAGUCGAAAAAACCAAGUUCUCCCAGUUACCUGUCGGAGUUACUCUACCAGAUGCAAAGUCUCAAUUCAAUUCUUCCGACGUCGAGAAACUGCGAAAGCAGGCAAAGACCCAAGCUGAGAAGUUCAAAGUACUACAAUACCAUGAAGUGAAAUCUUUAUCAAAGGAGCUUCGAUACCUCGACGCGCGUUGCGAUUACCUCCGAACUACGAGCAAAGCGCUUCGUGCAGGACGCAACCAACUCCACGAACGAGUGAUAGCUCACCUCCGCUCCCCCCGAUCAGCCAGUAACUCCCGUGAAAACAUACUAGGACAAGAGGAAGCCAUGGUACAACUUGAUAAGUCGAUCGAUGAGUGGGUAACCAAACUCGAGCAAGUCGACAAUAGGAGGACCCGGGUUCGACAAAUGCUGCUCGAACACAUCGCUGCCUCGCUGAUACUGUCGGCCAGUUAUGACACUCAGGCUUCAAAACAGGAAGAUGUCUCUACCAUUCAAAAUGAAGCUGACAUCGAAGUUGAUGCUCUCGAUAUUGAGUUUAAUGAUGUUGCCAGUGUGGCCCGCGAGUCGAUCAAGAUAUAUGCAGACUAUGGGGUGUAUGGAGAUGGCGAGAUGGCGGAUUUACUGGCCGACAUUGAACGGCAGAUGGAAACGAUGAAUGAUUCUCGCCGACCUCCUUCGUUUUCAGAGUAUAGUAUUGUGGCUUAG